CGAUUCGAUUCAACGCGCUAAUGUCAAAGAUCGGUGAAAGAUCAUGAGAGAAACAGUGUGUCGAUGUGCUUCACAUUAACCGUGACAAUGGGCAACAGAAGCGAGAGAGGCGCGGUAAAGCACAGAAGGAGAAUCACGAUCUCUGGAGAGUCGGCGGGAGCUCGAGCGAAGCGCAGCGGCGCAGCAGAGACGCUCAGCGGGCAGGUGAACGAGAGAGAGCGGAGACAGGAGACAUCAGCCACAGCGAACAAACAGAAGAAUGACAAUGAUACUGUCGAGAAAAGACUCAGCUGUCACAAGCUUCAGGAGUCAUUGCUCAGCUCUGAUAGCGGCUACCGUAAUUACAGAGGAAUUCUCAACUGGUGUGUGGUCAUGCUGGUUUUAACCAAUGCACGCCUUUUCCUGGAGAACCUUAUUAAAUAUGGCAUACUGGUGGACCCCAUCCAGGUGGUGUCUCUCUUCUUGAAUGACCCCUACAGCUGGCCUGCCCUUUGCCUGAUCAUCAUUUCAAACAUGUUUAUAAUGGCAGCUCUGUACACUGAGAGAAGACUAGCUGUGGGCUCUAUCUCUGAGGGUACCGGAGCAUUCCUUUAUUUUGUCAAUCUUGCAGCACUUUUGUGUUUCCCAGCUGCCACAGUUCUCAUCUUGACCUCUAUGACCCCAGUGGGCGGUGCUGUGGCAUUGGGGGUCUACACAGUUCUCUUCCUAAAACUCUACUCAUACAGAGACGUCAACAAAUGGUGCAGAGAGAUAAGACAGGCCAAAGCCCACACCCUGUCCCACUCACACUCCUGUCCGUCUGUGCACAGAGCGAAUUGCACAAUCGCAGACACACAUGUGACGUAUCCGGGUAACCUUACACACAGAGACAUGUAUUAUUUUAUUUUUGCUCCGACUCUGUGUUAUGAGCUCAACUUCCCACGAUCUCCACGGAUAAGAAAAAGUUUCUUACUGCGGCGAUUGUUCGAGAUGCUGUUUUUAAUACAGUUAAUGGUUGGAUUGAUACAGCAGUGGAUGGUGCCUACAAUUCAAAACUCAAUGAAACCCUUUCAGGACAUGGAUUUCUCUAGAAUGGUUGAACGACUGCUGAAACUCGCUGUGCCCAAUCAUUUAAUCUGGCUCAUCUUUUUCUAUUGGUAUUUCCACUCCUCUAUGAACCUCAUAGCUGAGCUCAUGCAGUUCGGAGACCGCGAGUUUUACCGAGACUGGUGGAACUCUGAAACAGUCCCAUAUUUUUGGUCGAACUGGAAUAUUCCUGUACACAAAUGGUGUCUACGACAUUUUUAUAAGCCUAUGAUGGUGAAAGGCGUUAAUAAGUUACUGGCUCAGACCGCUGUGUUUUUCCUGUCUGCAUUUUUCCACGAGUAUUUGGUGAGCAUUCCCCUUAAGAUGUUUCGGCUUUGGGCGUUCUUGGGCAUGAUGUCACAGAUCCCACUCGCCUACUUUGUGGGUCGAUUCUUGAGAGGAAACUAUGGCAACGCUGCCGUGUGGAUGUCGCUGAUCAUUGGCCAGCCGGUUGCCGUGCUCAUGUACGUCCACGACUAUUACGUACUGAAUUCUGGGGGCGUGAUGCAAGACGACGUAUCAUGACGCGACAACAGAGUUGCCAAUUUUCUGCAAUAACCGAGAUGUUGAAUGUAAAGCAAUGCAUAUAUUUUUACAGGGGAAAUUAAACGUUUUUAGGCCCAAAUGAUUAGUUCAACACAAUAAAAGACCAAUUUUCUGCAAAGGCACUUGUACUGAGCAGAGUGAGUAGGCUUGUUUUAUCAUAUGCAAUCGUAAUUGAAACACUGCCGAGCCAAAGCAACACGAGAUCGCAGCGCCUUCUCACUUCUGUUUUAUACUUGAAACUUUUAUACCAAGAUGAUCAAUGCAAAAAGUGCCACAAAAGUGAUGCCAUUUUUUUUUCUUAAUCUGCAGAAUAAAUCGAAUGCGUUUAAUGAUUUGUGAUCGAAUCAUGUUUUUUGCACUUUAUUUGAAAAUGCAUGAAGUUUGUCAGUGUUUUAAAGAAUGCAAGAUUAUUUUAAACUUAAAUCAGUUUAAAUUUCAGUAGUGUAACUGCUUUUAUGUUGAUUUGAAACUAUUACAAUAAUACAAUUAUAUGUAUAAUAUGUUAAUCUGUGAAGCUGUUUAAACAACAUUUUCAUUUUGUGCCAUUCUAUUUGAUUGCAAUAUUAUUUAAAUAGAAUUUAAAUAUAUUUAAAGUGUACCCUUUUCCUUUUUUCGUUUGCUUUGUAUUUUAGCUGGCAUAAAUCUCUCAAAAGUUUGAUUAAAUCUCUAGCGACAAACAUUUUUUCUCAUCCAUAAGGUUUUAUGCGUAACUAGAUAUACACAUGCACUAGAUAUACACAUUACAUACUGUUGUAUGAAUGUAUCCAAAUUCUGUUGCAAUCACUGAGAUCAUAAUAUUUUUGCAAUAAGUCGUGGUAAAAUAAUUUUCAGAGCUUUGGAGAGAUCAGUUUACAGUACCUCCAGUUAAAGCCGAAGUUGUUUAACAGAAGAGACAGUGAUUCUGUAUGGCAGCUCACGUUCCAGUUUAAUAAAUCUUUUGAAACUUA